AUGGCUGAACAAGAGAGUUUUGCAGGUUUCGGCAUAGCGCAACAAAAUAAUUAUUACUGGUACUGGCAAAGUUUCCCUUCUGCUCUUAGAGUGAAGCCAGACUUCCAUUCCUGCCAGGGUUACCCCUUUGGCAACUGGUACCAGCAACAGCACAGCUGUUAUCCUCCUUCUGGCUAUAGCUGUGGCCAUGGAACGGAUGGAAAUGGACCCAACCUUUAUUCUGUGCGUGAGACCUCCGGAUACCCAGUUGAAACUUCGCUUACACCCAAGGAAACCACAGCUCUGGCUGAAAACCAAGAUGAAGAUUCACUAGAAGAUCCAAAUCUUCAUUUGAAUAUUGAGGAGUUAAACAAAGAAUUUAUGGUGGAAAGUGAAGAACUCUAUGACUCUCUCAUGAAUUGCCACUGGCAGCCUCUGGAUACAGUUCACUCUGAAAUCCCAGAUGAGAGCCCCCAAAAACAAGAUGUUCAUUAAGCUACCCAACUAUCACAUUAAUUGUAUCUUGUUUCGUUUUUGUUAAAAAAAAAAAAAAAUU